ACACUGGAGGACCCAACCUUCCCUGACUUGUCCAUGAGCAGAGCGAUCAGCCCACUCUGCCAUAUUGCCCCAGCCCCUCCACCAGUGGAACAGCACCCAGCCUACUUCACCCCUUCCACCAGAGAACAGUGCUCAGUCCUCCCUGCUAUCUUGACACGUGGCCCACCUGGACACAGGGACCUGCUGCUCUAACCAUUUGACACCACCUGGUAGAUGUGACCUGACACCCCCAUACACACAGACCUGCCACAGCGAUCCUGGUGUCUAACCUGGAACCACCAUAUUGGACCCACUGCUGCAACCCAGCAUGGCCAGUCACCUCUGGAUGCAUGUACCUGCCCCUGCUACCCUUGUCUGCCUCGCCGGGUGCACCAGACUACUGGACUGCUAAAAUGAAGAGGCAAAGAAACAACCCCCAAAUGAAAGAAGCGGAGAAAUCACCAGAAAAGGAACUAAAUGAAAUGGAGACUAUGUCUUCAGCAGUGGUACAGUUAUAUGCAGCAGAUCGGAACUGUAUGUGGUCAAAGAAGUGCAGCGGUGUUGCUUGUCUGGUUAAGGACAAUCCACAGAGAUCUUAUUUUUUAAGAAUAUUUGAUAUCAAGGAUGGGAAACUAUUGUGGGAGCAAGAACUAUACAAUAACUUUGUAUAUAAUAGUCCUAGAGGAUAUUUUCAUACAUUUGCUGGAGAUACUUGUCAAGUUGCUCUUAAUUUUGCCAAUGAAGAAGAAGCAAAAAAAUUCCGAAAAGCAGUUACGGACUUGUUGGGCCGACGACAAAGGAAAUCUGAGAAAAGACGAGACGCCCCUAAUGGUCCUAAUCUACCUAUGGCAACAGUUGACAUUAAAAAUCCAGAAAUCACAACCAAUAGAUUUUAUGGUCCACAAGUCAGCAACAUCUCCCAUACCAAAGAAAAGAAAAAAGGAAAAGCUAAAAAGAAGAGAUUAACCAAGGCAGAUAUUGGAACACCAAGCAAUUUCCAGCACAUUGGACAUGUUGGUUGGGAUCCAAAUACUGGCUUUGAUCUGAAUAAUUUGGAUCCAGAAUUGAAGAAUCUUUUUGAUAUGUGUGGAAUCUCAGAGGCACAACUUAAAGACAGAGAAACAUCAAAAGUCAUAUAUGACUUUAUUGAAAAAACAGGAGGUGUUGAAGCUGUUAAAAAUGAACUACGAAGGCAAGGUCCCCCACAAUGGAGUGCACCACCACCUCCUCCACCAUCAAGGGGAGGGCCUCCUCCACCUCCUCCCCCUCCACAUAGCUCAGGCCCUCCUCCCCCUCCUGCCAGAGGAAGAGGCGCUCCUCCUCCACCACCUUCAAGAGCUCCCACAGCUGCACCUCCACCACCACCUCCAUCCAGGCCAGGUGUAGGAGUCCCUCCACCGCCGCCAAAUAGGAUGUAUCCUCCGCCACCUCCAGCCCUUCCCUCCUCAGCACCUUCAGGGCCUCCGCCACCUCCUCCACCUCUGUCUGUGGCAGGGUCAGCAGCACCGCCCCCACCGCCUCCACCGCCGCCACCACCCGGGCCACCACCUCCCCCUGGCCUCCCUUCUGAUGGUGACCAUCAAAUUCCAAAUCCUUCAGGAAACAAAGCAGCUCUUUUAGAUCAAAUCAGAGAGGGUGCUCAGCUAAAAAAAGUGGAACAGAACAGUCGACCGGUGUCUUGCUCUGGGAGGGAUGCACUUUUAGACCAGAUCCGACAGGGUAUUCAACUAAAAUCUGUAUCUGAUGGCCAAGAGUCUACACCACCAACACCUGCACCCACCUCAGGAAUUGUGGGGGCCUUAAUGGAAGUGAUGCAGAAAAGGAGCAAAGCCAUUCAUUCUUCAGAUGAGGAUGAAGAUGAAGAUGAAGAAGAAGAUUUUGAAGACGAUGAUGAGUGGGAAGAUUGAUCUAUAUAUUAUAUAUAUAUUUUUAAGGUGAAAUACUAAACACUACUUUCUGUCUAUGGAUUCUGUAAAAUUACCAUGUAAAUGUUCUACCAAUUUGCUGUAUAUUUUUGUUGCCUUUUUUGCUUUUUUUUUUAUUAAUCUGUGCAAUACCUCAUUUAAUCUGUAAAGGUUUGUCAUAAUCCUCUACAAAGCUACUCCCUGUUCUUGUGUGCAAGUUUACACCAGGAUGCUCACUUAAUUUGUGAAUAUUUUUUCAUUCCAUCAACAAGGGAGUUUAAAUAUUAUAUGUGAGACUGACAAAAACCUUAAUGUAAUUUAGUUAUAAUGCCAGAAGGAAAACACUAUUUUCAUACCCUACUUUUUCUGUACCUAAAUUUUCUUAUUAAAAUCUAGUGUAGCACUACAUUCUUUUUAAGUGAUGCAAACCUUAGUUUAUUUAGCCCCUUUAUUUUGAACACAAUGCUAUAUGAAUGUUGAAGUUGAUACAUUGCACAGUUUUUAGACGUCACUACAAUGAUGCAGUUUCUCAAAUUUUAGCAAUAUGCUCUACAUAAAAUCACCACAGAAAUGCUAGUUAGGGAAAACAGUAACACACCUCUUACAGCAAUAUUGCCUGUUAUGUAAAGCAGCGGCAUUUGGAGGCUGGUAUCAUUAGGAGCCCUUACAUACCUGUACUUGAUUUGGCUCUUUUGGCAAAAAUUUUAAAAAUAAUUUUGGUGUUAUUCUGAAAUAAAUGUUAUUUAAAUUAUUGGAGUUUGGGGAAUCUUGUGAAUAAUUUUCAUAUGAACUGAAGUCAACUACAUUAUGGUUACUUUACUAUUUGGUUGUGUAUAGUAUAAAAAUUAGAACAUUAUAAAAAUUAUAUGAGUUUAAUAACUUUUAUUUUGCAGUUUAUAUCGAUUGAGAUAUUCAAAAAUAGCAGCCAUAAGAAUCUAAUCUACUGUUGAACCCAUUAUGCUUUUUUUAAGAAAUUUUUAUAAUUUCUCAAGGUUUUUAUCAAAUGUCAGGUGAAGGGUUACAUUUUUCUUAUAAGAUUGCUUUCCCCAAUGUCAAAUUUCUUGGGAAAAAAAAACAUAACUCAAUGACAGAUUUUUAAAAAAAAUAAAAUAAAAAUUUGCAACCUGUACAUUUGUUAUGCACAGAAAAAUGAUAUGUUAAAAUUAGGGUUUCCUUGCCUCUCUACAAUACACUAAUUGCCUAAAGGUGGUUUUCAUAUUUGUAACACUAAUUAUAAUACCUUCCUACUUUAAAUUUUAGAUAGAAAAAUUAUCUGAUUUAAAUAAGACAUUUUUUUUCUCACAUUGAGUCAUGCAGAAUGUAGUUCCAAAUGUAUUUCAUUACUGUAAUCACAGUAUCCAACUAAAAAUUAAGCUCUCUAGAAUUAUACCGACCCAAAUCUAGUAUUGGCAUGAUCUUGACAGGCUGGACCUGCAAGAUGUGGCUUGAAUUUUAACCAGUUAUCACAUAACUUCUAGUGAUCAUGCAUCUAGUUAUCAUAAGAAAUAAUUUAAAAGGUUUUGUUGCUAAAAGCAGUUAAGUGGUACAGUAAAACAGUUAAGUUAUUCAAAGAAUGUUACCUUCCUUGCAAGAGUAAUUUAAGCACAUGGGAAAGAUUCUAGAUCUAGACUUUUUGUUCUUGCAGAAACAGUGCCCUCUGCUGCUGGAAACCUUUUUCUGCUUACUAUAAUUUCUAUUGUGGCUUGAGCUCAGUUGAACCUGGUGUAGAUGAGGCUAGACAACUUACUAACCAAUAAAAUUAGGAAUUUGUGCAAAUGGUAAAUAGAACAUACUACUUAUUUUAAGUAAUAUCAAACAUUUUCCAUUUUUUUCUUUUCAACAUUAUAAAAAACACUUUACAUAUUCUAGAAAUGUCUUUAAGGUAAUGCCAAUUUAAGAUCUCUCUAACUUUUGGCCAAGGAAUUCAGGGUUUUCCGCUAACUGUGGUAUAAUAACUAUCAGGAGCUGCUCUGAGCAGAGGCUAUGAAUUCUUUGAGUUGUGAACACAAUUUUAAACACUUAAGAUGGGUAAGAAAUUUGCCAAAGGUAUUUGAGUUUAUUCUUCCUUAUUAAAGAAAAGGACUUGUUGUUGUUGUUGCACAAAGUCUAAGUUACUAUUGGUUGAAACACUGCAGCUGUGGAGUUCAGUCCGGGCAUGAGGACUGAAUCUGCGUUCAAUGUAAAGGUUGCAUGUUUCAGUCCUCCACCACCGUGCACUGUGGGCAGCACUGUACCUGUGCCUUGUCUGGAAGCCUCCUAUAUAUACUCCAGCUAAGUGAUUGUCUGACAGCCUUCGCAUUAACAAACCAGCAUGAGGCUUUUUAAUCUAAAUGCUACGUGAUAUAGACAAUUUCAGCUAGCCACAUAUUGUAUGUAUGAGAUUCAAAAUGACUUUCAAUCAUUCAUUUCCAUUUAUCAACUGAAUUUUUGUUUAGUAUGUGAAUUUCUUUUUGAAAUGUAUAGUGAAUAGGAUGUUGCACUGGUGGCAAUUCAUCAUGGAACAUAAUAAAAUUAAUUUGACCCAAAAAAUA